UGCCUCCACACUACAGUCUCGAUCAUCAUCACCACAGGAAUCUUUGUUUUAUGUGUCGCUCUCCUCCUUAGCCCUCGCUAUUUCUUUCUGUUUGUUUUGUUUUUGUUUUUGUUUAUGUUUUUUUGGCCAGCAUGACGGAACUUGGACGUGUCAUUUGGGGGUAACAAUAGUAAUGGUCCGUUUCAAAUGUACAUUUUUUACCGAGCUGGAGUUGAGCUUAUCAUUAACAGUCCAAGUGGAUCCACACAACGGGAUGGAUGCAAAUGGGUAUGCAGUGCUGAAACUUUUUGUUGUGGGUUUGAUUGAACAUGAAACUCUGCACGCUGCUGUAACGAGCCUACGCUGCGAGUGCUGCUGAGGGAGGACAAAAACAAACAGAAUGGAACCGUCAAUGCAUGGAUGAUGGGGGGACUGUCAGCGACUGAGAGUUUCAACAUUGAACCCACGUCCUCUCGGCCGAGGAAAGCAUGCAACGAGUCCCGCUUGGAGUGGGAAGUGGAGGUCUGUGGUGAAGCCUUCAAACGGGACAUGGCCCACAUAGACCCUCAGCAUUGGUGUAACCUCACACACUUCAUCAGCGAGUACCAUCUCUUCACCCUCUGCACUGAGACCAAAUCACUUACCGUGCACUGCUACUGGCCCAAUCCACUGGUGGAGAGCUACAUCAUCCGCAUACACAAGCACUUUUUCUCCAACUGCACCAUGGAACAGGUGGCGUGGGUGGAUCCUCCAGAUAACACACUAACCAUCCUCAUCCUGAUUCCCGUUUUCCUCACUUUGUUUAUGAUUGCACUGGUGGUGUGGCGCAGCAAGAGGAGCGACAACCUUGCUUAGACAAUAUCGCCUAACCAUCAACGUACACAACAAAGGAAUUUGUUUUGAGUUGAUCAGUUGAUCUGCAAUUCUUGUAAUAAUAUCACAAAAACAAAACAGUCUUGUUUUAAUCCGUAGCACAAGUUUACCAACACAACCAAAAACCAUUUUGAUAAGUAGAAUAUUUGACUCCAACCACUAGGGGUGUGGGAAAAAAUCGAUUCGAAUUCGAAUCGCGAUUCUCUCGUUGUGCGAUUCAGAAUCGAUUCUCAUUUUUAAAAAAUCCAUUUUUUUUAAAUUAUUUAUUUAUUUAUUUAUUAUUAUUAUUAUUUUAAUUAAUCAAUCCAACAAAACAAUUCACAGCAAUACCAUAACAAUGCAAUCCAAUUCCAAAACCAAACCCGACCCAGCAACACUCAGAACUGCAAUAAACAGAGCAAUUGAGAGUAGACACAAACACGACACAGAACAAACCAAAAGUAGUGAAACAAAAAUGAAUAUUAUCAACAACAGUAUCAAGAUUAGUUACAAUUUUAACAUAGCAGUGAUUAAAAAUCCCUCAUUGACAUUAUCAUUAGACAUUUAAAAAAAAAAAAAAAAGAACAAUAGUAUCACAGUGGCUUACACUUGCAUCGCAUCUCAUAAGCCUGACAACACACUGUGUCCAAUAUUUUCACAAAGAUAAAAUCAGUCAUAUUUUUGGGUCAUUUAAUAGUUUAAAAACACAUUUACAUUAUUGCAAUAAGUUGAUAAAACAUUGUCCUUUACAAUUAUAAAAGCUUUUUACAAAAAUCUACUACUCUGCUUGCAUGUCAGCAGACUGGGGUAGAUCCUGCUGAAACCCUAUGUAUUGAAUGAAUAGAGAAUCGUUUUGAAUCGAGAAAAAAUCGUUUUUGAAUCGAGAAUCGUGUUGAAUUGAAAAAAAAAAAAGAUUUUGAAUCGAAUCGUGACCCCAAGAAUCGAUAUUGAAUCGAAUCGUGGGACACCCAAAGAUUCACAGCCCUACCAACCAGGCUAUUCUCAGAUUAUUGAAUGCAUGAAAAUGUCAUUUAGCAUCUUAAAAAGUUUGUUGAAAGUCUAUGGUGUUCUAUCCGUAGAGCUGUUGAGGCAGAAUUAUGCUCUAGUGUCACGUAGCUUGCAUUAUUGACGCCAACUCGCUCCUCCCCAUCCAAAGCCUCGUAAGUGCACCUCUAAAAAGAAUCGAGCUUCGGUCGCCAUUGUUUACCACACAACGCUUGUCCAUUGCUUUCAGUGAAGUUGUAUUGAGAAAAUGCUGUAAAAAGGCUGAAACACACAAAAAGUAGCACAGUUUAUGACAGCAUUGGAUUGCUGACUGAAUGAGCAUGGAGAUUGAUCAGCCCGCCCCGUUCGUACAAGGAGACAUGGUCUGUACAACAAAGCUUAGCUAGUAGAGGUGGGAAUCUUUAGGUACCUCAUGAUUAAAUUAAAUGUUGGGCUGUUUGAUUUUGAAUUAAACACAAUUUUCAUAAUAUAUUUUUUGCUACAAAUAUAUUACAAUAAUAAAACAUUUUCAAAAACAGGUUGAAAGUUACAAAAGCUCCUCUUGGCUGCUGAAGUACGACUUAAUAGGCACAGUGUUGACCUAAAAAACUUGUUUUUGUAGUUUAUUUAUAAUGAUAUUUACAAAAGUCACACAAUGUUAAUCAUCCAUCCGGUCAUUUUCUACCGCUUGUCCCUUUCGGGGUCACAUGGGUGCAGGAGCCUAUCUCAGCUGCAUUCAGGCAGAGGGCGAGGUACACCCUGGACAAGUCACCAUCUCAUCGCAGGGCCAACACAGAUGGACAGACAACAUUCACACUCACAUUCACACACUAGAGCCAAUUUAGUGUUGCCAAUCAACCUAUCCCCAGGUGCACGUCUUUGGAAGUGGCAGGAAGCCGGAGUAGCCGAAGGGAACCCACACAGUCACAGGGAGUCCACUCCACACAGAAAGACAAAUAGCAUAAAAAUAUUAUUUUUUUCUUUUGUUUUUUUAAUCUAUUUUGGAAAAUAUAUGAAUCGAUUUCGAAUUGGAAUAACUAAUAAUCGCUAAUCACUAAUAAUUUGGAUGUGAAUCAAUUUUUUGAACACCCCUAAUAACAAGGGUUGUGGUUAACCACUUCAGAAAAAGACUGCCCUCUAGUCUAUUGGAAGAGAUUUGCAAGUAAACAAAUGCUGUAAACCAGGGGCUAUUCAACUAAAUUGCUCCGGACGCAACAUUUUCAGAACUCUAUUUAAAGACCAGGCAGCCGGAUUUCUCCCUUCACUAUUAUGAAAACCAGCAUCCUCCGUACUGAACUUUUGUUUUUGGGUUAUUUCUUGUUUCUGAGUUACAAAUUUCAGGAUAGCCCUGUUAGGUAAAAUUCCUGGCUUUUAGAUUGUUAAAAUGUCAAUGCGAGGAUUUGCCAAUAUGCUUACACUGUUCCAAGUUCUCUAUACAACAAAAGUGCUGUAGCUGCAAAAAAAAUUCCCAUGUCUGGUGUUACUGCUGGACCAGAUUUUGCCCCCACACCGCCAGUUGAAUAGACCUGCUCUAAACGAACCAAGACACCAUCGGAGUACGCAAGCGGCGUAACGCAAGAGCCUAUUUCAAUCUUUAGAACACAAAAGCUGUGUCAAUUCUAUUGUUGGCAUUGUGGCAAAGUGGGUAAUAAAACUAAACCCAAUGACCAUAAUAUUGGCACUGCUGAGAAACACAAAUGCUUAUUGUAUUUAUGAGUGGUCUCAGGGGUAAAACACAAGAAUUAAAAACAACCUGCCUAAUUUUGUCUUUGUUGAUGUCUCUGACAUCAAUUGACCUUCCAAAUGAAAGCCCACUGUGUCCCUUUCAGAUGCCAAAGGUGUAACGUGCCAAGAGUUGCGAGAAAGCAAUUUAGGAUUUGAAUUCACUGCAUUCCAGUUUAUACUCAAGCAGUUAUUACACAAGAGCAGAUGUGAAGUUGGCUUCAAUCAAAAGUUUGUUUUGUACUAAACAGUUCAUUAGAUGCACGUUGGUAAGAGUAUAUUUGCCAAAACUAUUUAUUGUAUUUGCCUUAGAGGUAUCUGUGCAUCCAGUGGUUUAAAAAGUAUGACCUGGUGAAGACUUUGAGCCUUUCUAUGGCCAGCUGGACAUUCAAAGUGACCAGUGAGCAUGAAGGGUCAUGUCAGAAGCACUGUAUCCCAGCUAAAAGCCAAAACAUCCCAGUGACCCAAUUCUUUCAACUCGUGGAAAUAAGAUUCCCAGCGGACUGAAUUUGUUGAGUAUUUUUAACAUGAAACACAACAGGAUGAAAAGAAGCCCAAACUUGGACAAAAAAGACAUUCUGGAAGUUUCCACCCCCCUGUUGGAUUACUGAAGGGACAGUCGCCAGUGCAAAGGACAUACAUACAACACUACGAUUCAACUAGUUUGAGUCUUUUGUGGCUGUUUUAUACAAGUGUAACUUGUAUAAAUAUAUACUGUUGAAUAAAAUACUGUAAAUACACUGAGAUGUUUUAAUGUAGCUGUGAUCCUCAGUCUGUGCCUCACUUGUGUCAAUAAAAGGUAAAUAUAACUGUUUUUACAAAAAUCAUCCCAGUUUGACAUUUAAUGUUCACCCUUCAUUUAGCUAUAUUCCAGCUGGAUUGUUUAUCUGUUGACCGGAUGCACAUUAUGUUUUUAUUUCUUGACACUUUACGCUGUUUCCUUCACAAUGACCUUGCAUUUUUGUAAAUGUUCAGUGUACAAAACAUAAUGUUGUCAAAAUGACUGUUAUGGCUUCAUAAGCCUACAAACUGCUCCUGGAUCAUAACCCAAAGUAAGGGGGAAUUUACAUAGCCCCACUCCUGGGUGGAUCUUGUGUGAGAGGAAGGUGGGGGUUAAUAAUUUAGCAAUGCGGUCUGCUAAAAAUGAUGGAAAGUGUUUACAUAGCAACCACUGUGUGGUCAAAGUUGGAAUUGCCACAAAACACAUUUUGAGAUAUUUAACACACAGCUGCCAUCGGAUAAAGUGGAUAGUGCAACCCCCCAAAUUGUCACCUUUCAUAUGUUAGGUAAAUCGCGACGAAUGGAGACCUGUGAAUCCCCUUCUUACCGUAAACCAUCUUGAAUAUUGAGUAUAGACUAUUUGUGCUGUCCAAUGAUUCAUCUUUAAAAUUGGAUAAAUCACAGUUUGGAAAUUAGAUUAAUGCAAAUAAUUGCCAUAUAUUACUUGCUUGCAGAAUUUAAUUUAACUUUGAAAAAGACUGAUGUUUUAACACAAAUGUCCUUUUAUUGUCAAAAUGGACGGUGUGGCUCUAUUGGUAGAGUGGCUGUGCCAGCAACCUGAGGUUUUCUGGUUCGAUCCCCAACUGCUGCCAUCCUAGUCACGUCCAUUGUGUCCUUGAGCAAGACACUUCACCUUUGCUCUUGAUGUGUUGCAUGACAGCUCCCACCACCAGUGUGUGUGAAUGGGUGCAUGUGGAAGUAGUGUCAAAGCGCUUUGAGUACCUUGAAAAUAGAAUAAACAAAGUCACGUGACACUGGUCUUGGAGUGACUGCUCGCUGUUGCUGUUGCAAAAAAGCUAAGUAUUGUUCUAUCUGUGUGCUUUUAAUUGUUUUACAGCUUUCUUUACUACAAAGCCUGUUUCCAUAU